ACCUUCCUCUGGGAUAUGUUUGGUGAAAAAAGCCUGCAUUCACUGGUAAAGAUUCAUGAAAAACUACACUACUAUGAGAAGCAGAGUCCGGUGCCCAUUCUCCCUGGUGCGGCAGCUUUGGCCAGUGACCUGGCCGAAGAGCUUCAGAACAAGCCAUUAAACAGUGAGAUCAGAGAGCUGUUGAAACUACUGUCCAAGCCCAGUGUGAAGGCUUUGCUCUCUGUACAUGACACUGUGGCUCAGAAGAAUUAUGACCCUGUGUUGCCUCCUAUGCCUGAAGAUAUUGAUGAUGAGGAAGACUCAGUCAAAAUAAUUCGUCUGGUUAAAAAUAGAGAACCAUUGGGAGCUACCAUUAAAAAGGAUGAGCAGACUGGCGCCAUUGUUGUGGCUAGAAUCAUGAGAGGGGGAGCUGCGGACAGAAGUGGUCUUAUUCACGUUGGUGAUGAACUUAGGGAGGUGAAUGGGAUCCCAGUUGAGGACAAAAGGCCUGAGGAAAUAAUACAGAUUUUGGCUCAGUCUCAGGGAGCAAUUACAUUUAAGAUUAUACCCAGCAUCAAAGAAGAAUCACCGCCUAAAGAAGGCAAGAUGUUUAUCAAAGCUCUCUUUGACUACGAUCCUAAUGAAGAUAAGGCGAUUCCGUGUAAGGAAGCUGGGCUCUCUUUCAGAAAGGGAGAUAUUCUUCAGAUCAUGAGCCAAGAUGACGCAACGUGGUGGCAAGCAAAACACGAAGGGAAUGCCAACCCCAGGGCAGGCUUGAUUCCCUCAAAGCAUUUCCAGGAAAGGAGAUUGGCUCUGAGACGACCAGAAAUGUUGGUUCAGCCCCUGAAAGGUUCCAACAGGAAAUCAUCUGGUUUUAGGAGAAGUUUUCGUCUCAGUAGAAAAGAUAAGAAAACAAACAAAUCCAUGUAUGAAUGCAAGAGGAGUGAUCAGUAUGACACAGCAGAUGUCCCCACCUACGAAGAGGUGACCCCGUAUCGGCGGCAGAGUAAUGAGAAGUACAGACUUGUCGUCUUGGUUGGUCCAGUUGGAGUAGGGCUGAAUGAACUGAAACGAAAACUGCUGAUCAGUGAUACCCAGCACUAUGGUGUAACCGUGCCCCAUACCACCAGAGCAAGAAGGAGCCAGGAGAGUGACGGUGUGGAGUACAUUUUCAUCUCCAAGCAUUUGUUCGAGACGGAUGUACAAAAUAACAAGUUCAUUGAAUAUGGUGAAUAUAAAAAUAACUACUAUGGCACAAGCAUAGACUCGGUUCGCUCCGUCCUCGCGAAAAACAAAGUCUGCUUAUUGGAUGUCCAGCCUCAUACAGUCAAGCAUUUAAGGACACUAGAAUUUAAGCCCUACGUGAUAUUUAUAAAGCCUCCUUCAAUAGAGCGUUUGAGAGAGACAAGAAAAAAUGCAAAGAUUAUAUCAAGCAGAGAUGACCAGGGUGCCGCCAAACCCUUUACAGAAGAAGACUUUCAAGAAAUGAUCAAAUCUGCACAAAUCAUGGAAAGUCAAUAUGGUCACCUUUUUGACAAAAUCAUCAUAAAUGAUGAUCUCACCAUGGCAUUCAAUGAGCUAAAGACAACUUUUGACAAAUUAGAGACAGAGGCCCAUUGGGUACCAGUGAGCUGGUUACAUUCAUAACUAAGG